AUGGCGCAGUGGAUGAGCUUCGUUUUCCUCGUCGUCGUAGCGACAACGAUCGCGGUGACGGAGUGCAAACCUAUUCCUGCUGAACCUAGUAAGUAAAAUGACAGACUUAUUUCCUUUUCUCUUUUUGUGAAGAAAGAUGCUUGUCAAGUGUAUCAUUUUAACUCUUUGCCGGUGAGAGUCUGUCUCGAUUAGAGUCAAAAAAUUCGCAGUCCAGGAUGGUAACUCAACGUGAAACUCAUCCUUCCUUUCUUCUACGCAAAAUCACCUCCGUCUUGCCUUCGAAAGUCAAGUUCUCUGGUCAACAUUUAAAUCCAAACUAUAUCGAUCUUUCUCGAAAGUUUCAGUGAUGUUAGAUUCGUACGGAAAUCCCAUAGUCUUCCUUCGGGAGAAGAGGACAGCCGUGCACCCGUAUCCCCAUAGAGCGAUGAUGUUCACCGGGUAUUACAGACCCGUUCGACGUUCGAAUCACGGUGGCCAAGCGUCUGGUGUUUUCGCGCAAGGAAACGCCGUGAGCGGGGAGGCCUUCUUUGGUGGCGUGCAACAACAGCCGCGUUUGAAGGACGGUCCGGAACCGAUCGAGGAACCGGAAGUGUCGAGCGCGGAAGCCCACGCGGCGCCUGAGACCGAUAAUUCUUACAGCGAGGACGAACACACUGAGGUACAACAGGAAGAGGAGUAUCAGCCUGAAGAGCAUCAUCAACAGGACGAACAUGAGGUAAAUUACCCUCAAGAGAACGAACACCGUCAAGACGACAACCAGCGUCAUCAUAAGCAACAUGGUGCCUCACCUACUCAGACGCCUGUCGUCGUCGCGGACGAUGACGAAGAGGAAGACGACGACGACGACGACGACGAACCGCUCGUCCCUUUCAUUCCGUUCAACGGCAAUCGUCGCCGACAAAACUACCCGAACCUGAACAACUUUUUCCCCAUGGUGUUCAGUUUCCCCGGUGUGUCCUCUCGAGCUGGAUCUUCCGGAGGAUCUCCACCUGGAACGGUGACCGCGAUCGCUAACAGUUACUCUACUGGAAAGAGUGGUGUAGCGAGUUCGGUAGCGACUGCCUACGGUGGAUCCCCUAACGGGAAAAAGCGACGUCCACCGCCAUCCGAAGAGUAGAGUAGAUUGAUGACGAUAGAUCGACGAGUCAGCCGUUCGCUACUCGAUACCGUUAAGAUCAAUAUUCCAUUGGACAUUAACAUGCAGACAGGACAGAGCUUCAACUGUGUGCUCCACUUUUCUACUCUCCAUCGUGAGGUUUUAUUCUCCGAAGAAACCAAUCGAGGAUCGUCUUUCUCUGAAUGGGCAUUCCUUUUAGAUUUAAGUCUAAUCGAACGAAUCGAAUUAUCCCUAUCGUCCCCAUUCGAACAUUUUCGCUCACAAAUUUUGGAGUACUCUUGACUUUUUAGUUCAUCCUUCUCAAAAGUAAGAAUAUUCUAUAGUUUCUAUUUUUUAGAUAGCUAUAAUUGAUUUGUAUUGAAAAGAAGAUUAUUAUUUAUUUCAUUAUUUCUUACGAAAAUUCAUAGCGUGUUCCUAAAUUUUCGAGCGCGAGUGUAAAACUUUUUACUGAUUGUCUUAACCCUUUGCACUCUGGAUAUUCUCUGAUCUAUCCACUCUAAAAUUUCUUGAGAAGAACUCUGUCGUCUCCUAUGAUCUUUAUUUCUUUCGGACAAUUGCAACAUAAUUUCUUUCUUUUAAUUCUGUGAAUCUUACUAAACUGUGAACGUACUAAUUGAUUCGAACAUUUUACAUACAUCAAGUUCUUCCGUUUUCGCUCGUUAUGUUUUAUAACUUUAUAGAGAAUGUGUUUUUAAUUUAACUGAACUGCGGAUCAUUCAUGGAAAUUAAUAUUUUUGUGAAAAAUGAGCGAGUGAUUUCGUACUACUAAAUUUUUCAUAAAUGCACAAACAUAAGUCUACAUUACUCUUUACCAUUAUCCGUGAAGCUAACGGAGUGCAAAAGGGUUAAAAUUUCCUUCUUUUAAAAUUAUCAUUAUACUUCAACUUGUAUUUUUAAAUUAGAAAUUAGUAGAACCUAGCGCCGGUUUCGUAGUUAGUAGCGAUCAAACAACGGACUAGUGCAAUAUUAGCGCUGUACCACUCGGAGAGGUUAGUGAAAGAUUUGCAUGAUCGUUCGACUAAUCAGACUCGUAGUAUAGUAGUUCAUAGAGCGUAUAAGAAAUCACGAGUUAACGAAUUUAGCGAGAGGAAAUCUAACAUUCCAGUACCGUAUAUUGUUACUCAUUGAACUGUUUCGACAAGAUUGUUUUUCGUAAACGAUGCGUGACAUAUCGCACGACAAAGUAAGAUUAUUUUCAAAACGAAUUUUCAAACGAACUUGAAUUAGUAGAACCUGAGUCCAAAUAAUCAUUGAAUUGUCACUUUCAAUUGUCAACAUUUUACAUUUAUAUAUAUGCGUGUAAUACUUUAAUAAUUAAUAAAACUUGUGAUUCGAUUUUCUCCAAACCCCUUCAAUUCUACUAAAAUGUAAGAUAUUGAAAUGUUGAAAAAAUAAAAUGACGAGCGAGUGCGUUUCAUACGAUUAGACAAUAAGUCAUUCCGACAAGA